AUAGUUGUAUAAAAUCACAAUUAUGUCAAUGCCUACGUCCAUGCCUAAUUACAUACCCUUGGACUGGAUUUGCAACUACAAAUAUAUUGACACGCGCCUAACUCUCAAAGAGCGAACACAGCAUAAUAAAGGCUAUCAGUUUUGGGGUAACCCUGGGGAACUAGGUUUGUCGAAAUAUAUUGUUUACAGUUCCUCUAACACAAUGUCAGUUCAUUCAUAGUCCGUGGACACGAGCCGAAUUUGUCGUUAGUAGUGACACGUGCGUCAUUCGACUAUUGAAUCUAUUUCUGACAUCUGAACAGCCUCAACAAUAACAUCCUGGGAAAGCAUUGUGCACAAAUGAUAAUGUGCCAGUCGAUGUAUAAGAUACAUGCAUUGGAGGUCAAUGUAAACAGUGUAUGCGGGUGAUUGCUUCUUUUCGAGGCAGUUGCGACAUGAUUUGGCAGUGGAAGGUUCCUUGUCAGUCGGUCGACUUAUCUGGAUUACACCUCGAGUAAAAUACAAAUUCUGGACAACGCAUUACUGGAUGUGGCAGGUAGUUCUACGUACACCAAACUUAUAUCUAAAUGUGAGAGGUAGUCCUCGUUCAGAUAGUUCGUAUUUGGAAGUCCUGCCUUUUCCCAGCUCGUAUCUGGAUGACAGGAGAGGUGAAAGGUAGUCCUGUGUGCACAUCUUCGUAUUUGGAAGUCCUGCCUUCUCCCAGCUUGUAUCUGGUUGACAGGAGAUGAAUGGUAGUCCUGUGUUCACAUAAUUGGUAUUUGGAAGUCCCGCCUUCACUGCACCCAGCUCGUAUCUGAAUGACAGGAGAGAAAAGGUAGUCCUGCGUUCACACAGCUAGAUGUGACAGUCAUCAACAGCAAUUCUCGGUUGAACUUUGCUUAAUCAUUGGGAUAUACUCUUUUGCAAGCGGUUGGAAUCUACUUUCCCAUUGCGGAUAAUGUAUUGGCAGAACGUUUUCCUAAUGUGGACUUGACUCUUCAGACCUACGUAAGGGUCUAAUGUGCUACUACACCACCGUUUUCUCCGUCUCCUUGCAUCAAGGAGGAACUCUGUAUAAUAACCGUUGCUCUGCAUUUUGCGACUUAAUUGCCUAGCUUAACUGCCUGAGGAUACGUGCUGUAAGUCAGGAUUUCACACUCUUGCAACAGUAGAUUUACUGUUGCAUAUUAUGUAGCAAAGGAUAUCGAUUCGUCUUUCAAGCAAUUCUGUGAUAAACAAAGGACUCGACAUGUCUGCUUCUCCAAAUCCUGAUGAAAUGAAUACGCUCCAUCCGUCCAAUGGACACGAAAAGAAGCAUAAGUCCGGGAUCAUCCGGAUCCGCUCCUGGGGCAAAAAGGACAAAGACCGAAAAUCGCCUUGCCCUCCUAGCGAUGAGGAGGAUGGAAAAUAUCUCAGUGCUUCCCCAUCGGAUCAGUCGGGAUCAUCGCCCCGCUCGCCCCACUCGCCCGGAAUACACUUCAAGGGGUUCAAGUGGUCGAAGAAGGGAAGGAAGUCGCCUCAACCUAAUAGGUCUCCGCCAAGGUCACCACGAGAACAGCCUGCAGGCCUCCCGACGGUGAUUCGGACAUCUGAAUCGGAUAAUACGGAUGCGGAGUACGAAUAUCAUCCAAUGUGUGAAUUAGGACUCACACAGAAACAAAUAUCAGAAUAUAAAGAAGCGUUCAAACUAGUGGACAAGGAUGAUGACGGUCGGAUUACGACGGCGGAGCUUUAUGAGGUGAUGUCGUUUUUAAAGAACUCAGUGUCGCAGGAACAAGUAGAAGUUAUGAUAGAUCAGGCGGAUAUAGAUGGUAAUGGUACUGUAGAAUUUGAUGAAUUCCUCAAAAUGAUGGCGAGGCGGCAGAGGGAAGAGCCGAAAAGUAGUGAUGAUGAGAUGCGUGAGUUCUUCCGAGUGUUCGACCGCGAUGGCAACGGGUUCAUAGACGCACAAGAACUGCGGUACACAAUGAAGCACCUUGGAGAACAACUAACUGACGCAGAGUUGAAAGACAUGAUCAAGGCGGCCGACUUGGACGGCGAUGGUAAAAUAAAUUAUGAAGAGUUUAUUAGAAUGAUGCAAGUAAAACAAGGAGAUGGUAACAAGCAAUGACGCCAGCCUGACACGGGUGCAAGCAACCAACGAGAUUUGGAUGCGCAUGAUGCCUAAUUUACAUAUUGAUAACGUGAUUGGCCAGAUGUCCCUCGUUCUGCACGUGACUUAGCCUAGUGACUCGUUUUAUCGGAUUGAAUAUGAAAUAUCGAAUGAGAAUUUCACCGAUGAUUUAUGAAAGUUUUGGAUGUUUCCCCUUGUUCAGUUAAUCAACAUUGCUCUGGGUCAGACAUUUGACCCAUGUAUAUAUUCGUAAAUCAGAAUUAUGCAACAGUUGAUUUCGACUAAUAGUUUCGAAUUUCAACUUUCGUGUUCCUUGAUUUCGAUAGUAGGUUCCAGCUAAAGCAAGCAGUGACAAGCACGUUCUAAAAUGGAUACAGUCAUAUCUGCACUUGGAUGCACUGGGAGAGUUGAGAAAUAUCACUUCGUACUAUACGGGUAUUUGAGGUGCUGCAACAAGUGGUUGAGGAACAGCAUGGGAUUGCGUUAUGAUAACUGUAUGAGAAGAGAUUGAGUAAGACGCCAUUGGUUGGACACAUGAUUAGAAAGAUCAGUCUAAAUGGCAGAUCACACAGUUUCCUCGAGAUUUUUACCUACAACUCCGUGAUCUAUUUUCGUGGUGCAUUACCCUUAACUUGUAUCAUUCCUAUCUUUGUACCUAAUGUUAUUUAGCAUUUCUUUUGUAUGAAAAAUUGUAGACAGCACUGAACAACUUUCUUUCGACAAAACGUCAAACAGAGGGCUCAUCAGUUUCUCCCUGGUUGACCAACGAAGCGGCAGUAGACCUAAGUAUAUUAAGCUUGUAAAUUGAGUAGUAUUUUCUUCAGAUUUACAAAUCAAAAUCUUGAGCAUCGUUGUACUUUUCCGCCUAAUGCCUGAAGGAGCACUCCUACUGAUGUUGGGUCAUGGUAAAGCUUAAACUGGCUAUGAAAAGGGGAUUUCAAAAAAUAUCCUUGAAGCUUUUUUGAUAGUCCGUUCGAAGCACGAUUCGUGUUGUGCUACAUUUUCUCUCAAGUCAAAGCCCCCGACGUCUACGUGAACGCCUGUCCCAUUGUUCGUUUUCGUUACCAGGACGUCAACAAAUGAGAUAGGCGUUCACUUUGGCGUUUCGGCGGAUUUGCAAAAAAAAAACUCCCCAAUGGUCGAGGUCACCCUGCAAUCUAUCCUGGACUCGUCGCGCAUCAUGUAUGAGGCUCGAGUUGUUGUAAACAUAUCUUUACAUCAGGUUUCUUCAAUGCGCCGACUUGGUUAUUCUAGUGUUUUCUACCGUCUUCCUUCUUGUUGCCAUAGAAACCAUCCUGCUUUGGCUCAUGCAAGAAAGUGUAUGCCGUCUACAACGAUCUUCUUGGGUACGGCAGUGCCAUCUGUUAGGUUUUUUGUUAAACUACAUGCACUAUCGUUUUUCAUUGACACCCUACCAUUUUGUUCUGCUGUGGGACAUUAUCAUAAUCAUGGCCGUGAGAGUCAGGCCCGGAACAGGGGUAACAGUUUUAAAUGUCCUAAGAUAGAGUGUCACGGGGACAAAGUAUUCUGUUAUGCAUUUAUAUCCGUAUGGAAGGGACAUUAUUUACGUCCCCUUUCACCAUAUUUUGGGAUGAAACAUUUAAGGCUGCUACAUGUACACUAGCAGGCCUACAUAAUAACGCUGCAACCUAUCAAGUCGUGAUGCCUCUUGUCUGAUUUUACAGUUUGUUUACUUCGGGAAUGACCAUGCCAAGAAAACACCAAAACGCACUCUCAGUCGAUCUCGAGAGUUCAAGACUAGGUAUAACAUAUAGUUUAGCCUACAGAAUGUAGAACGGGUUGAGAGUGGAUUAAUGAGUGACCUCAAUGUUUUGCUCACCUCUAACUGGUUAAAUCGUAAGAACUAUAUACAGAUGUUUAGUUUUGGUUAUGACAAGAAGAUAAAUGUAUGCAUUUCCAACUGGCAUCUGUAUGUUGUAAAGAACUUUAAUAUGCAUGGUUGUCUUUUCUAAGAAAAACAUGAUGUCGUUCUUUAAUGUGUAUAAUUUGUUAUGUUAUUUGAAGUUCUCGAUAUGGCUUAUCAUUUGGCAGUAUAUUACUUUGUAAACCAAUGUGGCUGACAGCACGCAGCUUGAAGCCACAGAAAUGCAUCUAUUGACUAUAUUGGUAGAUCAGGCUAUACCCGGAUCAUUGAUUACUUGACCUACAUUAGAGUCAAACGCCAUGCUGUUAGGCAUCCCUGGUCAAAAGUCCUGAUUGGAUUCUUAGAUAAGAUUAAGUUCAGUUUUGUGUUCAUGCAGUCAUACAUUUUUACAAGAAACUUGUGAGGUUCUUUGAAGAUUCUUAGUUGAGAUCUUCACUCAGAAUCUUAUGAUAAUCUUUUAAAGAUAUGACAGGUUAUUUGUUGCAGGUUGUACACUGCCAUAGAAAACUGAACAGGAUCUUAACUAAGAAUUUUAUGAAGAUUUUUGACUCAGUGUAGAGGAGAAAAUGUCCCCCUGGAAGAAGUGUCCGUCCCUAGAAAAAUCUACACUAAGGGAUAAUGGUUUAUAGCUCUAUAGAGGCCAUGACUGCCAAUAGCUCUGAUAUCAAAGCACUUAAAAGAGUCAAUUUUUCCAGGACAUUUUGACCUGGAACAUUUUAAACUUCUAUACUCGGAUUGAACAUUGGUUCAUUCUUUAAAACUCAGAUAUUGUGCAAUAUCAUAUCAAAUCGCGAAUUAUUUUUUUCGCAUCUCGCUCUCAACUCAAUAUUGCACACAAAGGAAAACAAACUUAUGAAACGAUAUCACAGGAGAAUCGUACUUGUUCCAUCGAUUUAGAGUAAGCUCCUUUGGAUAGAAGAAGGGGUCGCUGGGGCAACACUCGAAAACUGAGUAGAAAAUAACAUUUGUCAUCAAAAGGUGGAUGUAUUAUUUAGUGCUGUUUUGGUAACAAUGUGCCUUUGAUCAUGAGACCAACUUGAUGUAUAUCUGUGUCAAGAAAUAGAGUGAUUUAAAACCUAAAUGGUGAAGAUUAUAAGUGCACAAACAGAAUGUGAGUGUAGUUUACAUGGUUUAGUCCUACUUACAACGCCUUUUGGUUUGGCUUUUGAUUAAUUGGUUCUGUAAAAAAAUCAAUCUGGGACAAAUUGUCGACACGUCACUUAUUGUGCUGCUAUUCAGGCCAUGUUGAUGUGAAUCCUCUCUCGGUGAUCCAUUUUAGAAUAGAGAGGUUCAGUUCUUGAUCCGAGUACGAGAACAUGAUGAUUGUUUCUCCGCUUGAUGACGUCAUCAAGUCAAGUUGAAAAACGCUUUGAAAAAUGCACACCUGCUCUAUCGCUUUAUUGUCAUCGUCUGCUACAGAGACGGAAUUUCUUCCUCAUUCCAUGUGGCUUUUGAAAGUGGAUAACCAGUUACAUAAUCCAGCUAGUAGUACAUGUAGUUGGACAUUUAUUUAGGUAGAUACCAAAAUGUUAAUGGCAAAUUGUGCAAGAUUGUAAUGAAGGUCACUGAUUGGUCGAUAGAGAUUUGCAAUAGAUUAGCGUAGAUGUACAUGUAGGUUAGAAAUGUUUUGUUAUGAUGCGCGUGUUGGUUGGUAAAACAAGUUUGUUAUGUAAAUAUGUUUAUACUUGUACAGUCAUGAAGUUGCGUUGAGAUAUACAUAUACCACAUAAAAGUUAUAAUUUUCUACGGAUCAAAACAAAAUAAUGUACGUGCACAUGUAUACAAUUUAGGUACUCGAUGUACUGUGUAUAUAUAGGCAUGAAUGUACAUGUUUGGUACACCGAUGCGCAUAAGUUAGAUAUACACUAGCUGUUUUUGUGUAUAUUUUGUUUAUGCUUGGGUUUACAAAAUUAACAUUCUAUACUAGUGACAGUGUAGAACCUCUGAAAAAGAGGGCGUUGCAGGCACGGAAACACUAGCUCUAUAUCAAGGAACAUACGUGCCUUGUAGUUGUGGAAUAUGUUUAUCGAAAGAUAUCCAGUGCAUAUGAUACGUAUACUUAAUAUGUACAUCCGUGCCAGUGUAAACCGAUCGUACGGUAUAUUGUUUAUUACAAUGUAGCAGAGUAGAUUGAUACGAUGUAGUCGUCGUUUGUUUGUAGUCGUAACCGUGAAGGGUUUUUGGCAGUAUUUUGAAAAUCAUCGAUUAGGAUGCAUGAGUCAAAACAGUUAAUUUAUAAAUGUUCUUGUCUGGCACUGGUUUGGUGAACGAUAUUUAAAUUGUUGGUCACGCGCGAGGAAACCCACUUCUUCCCUGGGUCUGGUUGAGAUGAUUGAUUCAACAUCCGUUCGCUCUCUCUGGCCGAAGACAAAGUCGCCAGGCUAGUUUAGCAAAUUGACGCCCAAUCGUAGUGAUACGCGAGAAAGCGCUCAUGUCCUGACAAUGUAAUAUUCCUUUGAUAAUGACAUAAGCUUGAAAUUGACUUCUCUCUCUGGCCAAAGACAAGUCACCAGGCUAAUUCACAUGACUGACACCCAACCGUAGUGGCACGCAAAAACGCUCACAUGUCCUGAUAAUGUAAUAUUCAUUUGAGAAUGACGCCCGAGGGCAAGUGCGAACUCAGUAACAGAAAACUGUUUGACAUCGUAAUCUGUAAAAUUUAAUAUGUCACACUUCUUAGAACACUUGUUUUUAAUGCCUAUUCUGUGUCAUUAAUUGCUACAGUCACGUCUUCAAUGCCGAUUCUAUCUGCUAUUCAUUGGAUUGCGCAACAUAGACAGUAUGUUGUUAAGUGUAUGUACAUCUCAAGAGUACCAUCUUGUGUAAGUCCAUGUUCCUCAACCAACCGCUUCUUGACACGGUGCCAGUCGAACCGUGUGUUUUGUUCAAUCAAAUGAGCUGUCCUGUUUGUCUACAGAGCACAGCUGCCUUUGUUUAUGCCAUCGAAACAGUAGUGUAUCGCGCAGUUUGUCGUUACAACAAACAACAUAUAUACAGUAUCGUCUGCCAUAUUGCACUGGAGAUUUUCCUCCAGUAAACCCACGACAGGUUGGCAAACGUUAGAAAAAUCGACUCCGACAGCUAAGUCGAUUAUACAGGCACAUGUUCACAGCUCCGAGGUGUACAUUGUACCACUCCUUUACCUCGGUUGAUAACGUUGGAAGUAAUUGUCAUUUCGGGUUCGGGUUUAUGUCAUGGCAUUACGUUUUCGCAUAAAUACAUGUAGCUGUCUGUUUGUAUACUCAUGCUCUGCUAUACGAUAUUAUUCAGCACUCUCGUAUUUUCGAACUUUCUCGAUCAUUUAGCUGUCUUUAAGAAAUACUCAUCGAUUGUACAUCUAGAUUGCAGAUGAACUACAAGAUCCAUCUCAAUAAACUUUAGUCAGAAGCACAUUGUCCUCGCUUUAGGGGUAUUUGAGCUUGCCGAUCGCUGGAUUGCAUGCUUCAGUGGAUUUUGACUCUUGGAUCACCACCGCCUGACCUAGAUACGCAGGCGCAGCUGCUGUAGCUGGUACUGCAUGCUGUACUGUAGUGUGCUGUUGCGGAGCCUUCCGGUGUCUACCGUGUGUUGCAAUACUCAGCCUCAAUCUGUCAUUUCUACUCAUCAUUACUGUCUAUAGAAUGUACCGACUCAAGAACAUGAUAAUACGAAUGCCCAGAAUGCUCAUUCAAAUUCAUAAUUCAACAUUCAACAUUCAAUUCUGAGGUGGUGGAACCCUAAUUAUUAGCCAAUCAGAUCCUGCGUAUCUUGACGCUUUGACCAAUCGUACAAGAGUAAAAAACAGAGAAGUUUGUUUUAUGCCUGUGAGAUAGCAAAGCAUAACAAUGAUUUUCAGUUAUAUGAAAACGUAGAAAUGAUUUACAUGUAUUUCCGGGUACCAUUUUCCCAGCACCGGUGAAUACUUAGACUAACCUGUAGAGUGAGGAACUCAGUAAUUAUAGAUUUAAUUACGGUUUAAAUUGUUAGAAAUAAGCCUUCAUUACACUUUUAAUUCAAGUAUGUCACCUCAGUAAUCAUUUGCAAAAGCGUCAAUAUACGCAGGAUCUGAUUGGCUAGUUAUUUGGGUUCCACCACUUCAGAAUCCAGAUUGAAUUUUGAAUUUUGAAUGAGCACUCUGGGCUUAUUCAAUAUUGAAUUUUGACUUUAGAAGUGGCACUUUUUGCUCAUUUCAAAAUUCGAUGUUGAAUUUGGAAUUUGGAAGUGGCUCUUUUUGAAUUUUGAAUGUGUAUUCUGAGUUUUCGUAUGAUAAGGCUCCCAUAAUAAUUCACAAAAUAUGUCAAUAUUAUUGACUUAGGAAGUUCGUCAUCUACAGUACGUACAUUUUAUAAACUUUGUAGUUCAAAUAGAACUGCUGGUAAAUAGCCUGGCGGUGUCUCUUGUGGAAAGUCUGAGACUGAGGUACCAGUGUGUGCGCUUGAAGCUGAUGAUGGGAACGUUAGGGAUUUGGGAAUUGGGCAAUCUAUCCAGGCGAUGGUUGGUGAUCAAUGAGUCACAAUCCAGUUAUUACAGCAGUCCAGUGAUCCAGUGUUUUCGAAUACCCGCGCUGUAGGUAUGUGACUCAUUGCCUCUUUCGUUUUUUAGGAAAUGUACAUGUACAAUACUAUAUUCUAUAUGCUGAGUUUCAACGCGACAUUAACUUGGCCCUGGUAAGUUGCCCGUGUCGUGAUCCAUACAAUGUAGCUUAAUACAUGUAGCGUGCAAAUUCGGCAACCUUCUGAUGCCUGGCCAUGAUUUCUUGGAACAAGUUUUAUUUUCGAAAAUGCUAGACUAUGAAGUAAGUUAGGUGUACACUCAAGUCAGUGAGUUAGGUUUGAUGAGAGAUUUCCUUAGAUGGAAGCGCUACAUUAAAUGUCAAUUCGUUGGAUACCAUUAAUAUUGCAUUGGUAGCUUACCAGAUAAGGGCAAAGCUAAAUUAAACCAUACUAUAGAAUGUUUUCAUGUACAAAUCGUUGAACGUUAGGCUAUAAGAACGAUAGUUCCGUUUUUGUUUUACCUAUACCUAAUACCUCACUUGGCUUUAUGCAACAAGGAAUCAAUGAAAAGUACCUUUAUUUCUAGACCAGUCUCAACACGGUUAUCCAGACCCCUAUAAACUGACAGGCAAUUCCCAUUCUGACGUGCCGCCUCAGUUUUGGUCUACAUUUUAGCUCCACCCUCGCGGUUCGGGUGAGAAGACCAAUGACUCCAGUCGGUAUCAGUUCCUUAAACGUGAUUUGGACUGCUCUAGAAAUAGAGAUGGCUACCUGUUUUUUUGCAAAUGGCAAAGUGGGGGCAUUGCGUGGUCUGAACUGGUAAAUGUCUCUGUUCUGGUUUGAAAGCUGAACAGGUAUUUUUGUCAGAUUUGUAAAUAAGUAUAUGUCCGUCACACUAUCUAGAGCUUUGACGCCUGUUCUCUCUUAGACGUUGAGGUUAUAGAUAAUGUGAGCGUCACUUGGCAAGUAUUUGUACGAAAUUAUGUAUUUCACGCCUCCUAUAUGCCCGUGUGUGAACUAAGCUUUUGUCCUAGCGAUUUGCCUAUACGAGAGAAAUGAGUGUAUACUAUUUUGUUUCUUGUGUGUAUUAUGCAUAUAAAAUGAAUGCAAAUGAUCGACCUCAAACAUGUCAAAUGGUGGCACACGUAAUAUCUCUCAAUGCAUGUUUUACAAGAGUUUUGUUAAGCGGGUUGAUUUUUGUCCUAAAUAAUAAUUUUUGUGAAUAUCUGUACACAUUCGACGGAUGUGGCCAAAACAAUAUAAUUCUAGCUUACUUGAAGAAAUAUCAACACUCGUUUUGCCACGAUGCAGGUGAUGAGAUAGAGUGCUGUUUUUUUGGGCGAUGUAUGAUAUUCCAUCAGCUAAACCGGGAACUUACUAAUUAGUUUUUGUCAAUCAAAGUUACCCCCCUUUCGAUCUGAAGUCGUCCCGCUUUACGGCAACAUCUGGAAGGCAGUAUACUGGUCUGGUGACAGUAAAAACACUGGAAGGCAUAGUUACAGAACUUGUACGUGACCAAAAAAUAGACACCUCGACCGUAUUUACACAUUAACACAGUAUAUGUGGUCAGCGAAUAAAUUCACCGAGACUGGCAUUCAUAGUAAGGGUGUUUGCCCUGUUUGAUAUUAUUCUACUAAUCUUGACAAAAUACUGCCGGUUUUAAUUUCAUUGGGGUUAGUGCUGUACUGACACCUAAGAUCAUAAUGUUGCGAAAUGGUCAACUAUGGUUCUCUCCAAUGAGUACUACAAACACCAAUAAGAGCAUGCUUCCAGUUCAUUGGUCAAUGGUUAUUCUUACCAUGGAACAUAGUAACAUCCUCACCCGUUUAUGUCAAUGGGCGUCAGUUCGAAGCAGUAGAUAUAUUGAAUGUAUGGGCAUACGUGUACAUCAUCAGCAUUCGUGUAUAAACUUUCAUAUUUUUUCAGAGUUGGUUUGCAUAUCUGAUAUGUUAUAUUAUCAUCAGCUCAAUUAUAUAAUCGUUUUCACGUUUCUCUUGAGCUGUUUCUAGGACUCUGUCCAAACUCCAUGAUGACUUUCUAUUCUGAGAGGUAGUGGUAUAGUUAGUGUUGGUCUUUACCUGGCUUGUCCGUUAAGGGUGUAUAUGACAUUGUAUACGAGGGCACAUUCCGCUCUGUCCCAUCCAUCAUUUGAUCGAAAAACAUCGCGUUAAAAAGGACCGUGUUCUUUCUAAACUUAUAUACAUGAACCAUAUCAUAUUUGACCAUCAUCACUGGGUAAACUUGACUGGAAACACUUUGCACUAAAUGUAUCAGAAUACAAAUAGAUAUAUAUUAACCGGACACUUGAAUAUAUCCAUUAGACAAGUGGAAUUCAUAGUUGCCCCCAAGCAAAUCUAAGGUGUAGUCAAAUCCUUGGGGUUGUUUAUAAAAUUGACUUGGAAUUUAAAUACCUUUUAACUGGCACUCUCGUCUUCGGAAUUUACCAUGUACUGCCAUUGUAUUUGGUAGAAACGCCCCCCCCCCCCCGCCCUUUCAACUUAGAAACCCAGGCUUAGCCGAUGUUACUAAGGUGUAGUGGAGAAAGCCGUAUUUAAGUAUGUUUGUGACAUUUUCCGUCUGUUGUUCCAAACUCGCAUCGUAUGUGUUUUUGGACUCGUGUUCUCUGUGAAAUGUGGACAGUGCGGAGUUUGCAGCUUGUGCGAUAGGUAGUAGAUGCAGUGUAUAACCACACUGCAGGUAGUACAAAUGUAGUGGUAGCAGUAAGUCUAUAGUUUGGUCAGUUAUGCAUGCUCUCGUUAAAAGCAAGAGACAAAGCGAUUGGACACUUCAUGUACAAGAAUGUCAAAGUAAUGCUGGUUAACUAAGACUCUCAGACUGAGUUAACUAGCAUCUGUCCGUGUUUUUUCUUGGGCCACACGUGUCUCAACGCUCGGAAUGAGUGGAUGGUUAGAUAGUGUCAACUUGCGGAAACUUACCAGCGAUGGCCAUCAGGAACUUUUGACGAGUUUUAAAAUCGAGAGCACGCUCUGUUUCGAAAUCAUGUAAAUCUUUGACGUUACAUUCUUUUAAAGGUAGAUGUCGCGUUAAGAUACGCAGGAUUAUGCAAUACUCAUUAUAUAUUAACAAGUAUGGAUAAACUAAUCUAUGCUUGGUAUUACUAAUGAGACUACUCAUUCAAAAAUGCUCUUGUAAACUCGGCAUGUCCUUGCCAUAUAAGAAUUACUCGGACAGGUUCCCCAAGGUCUUUUUACCUUCCGAGUUAAGUCUGAGGUUCAUAAAUGAAUAGUUAAAUUGGUGAAAAGAAAUAUUUUGUAUCGAUAAUACUCUAGAUGACCUAUCUAUGGGCUGAAUAUGCGAGCUAGCCUCCGUCGAUAUUAUGUGCAUUGUCGUUCGAAGCCUUUUAAUAUCGUUUCGGGAUGAACAAUUGAUGGGCGACACCCAAGUUGCCUGAAGGCCAUGACAUAAUCUCAUGACCUUGGGUAUUGUGUCGAUUCUAUUUCUAAAGGGUUAGAACGACAGCCUCGUAUAAAUUAAACUUAAUCCAUGCUAUCCUUUUAUGCCUGCCUACACAGGGGUUGAUCCACCACUCAGUAACCACUGGUGAAUGUACUCUUCCCAAUGCCAUUGUCAAUCAACUUACCACAACCUGCAAAAAUCAAUGAGUUCGAGGCAAUCAAUAUGAAUGAACAUUUGGCUGUUCAAUUCACGCCUCUAAAAUAAGAAACUGUUGACUGCAGUGCGCCAGAAUUACUUUCACCAUGCAUAGCUUUUUGGCGAUAAGGCAUGCAGUGUGUGAGGAGAAAGACAGUCUCCCUUAAGUGUGACGAGACAGAAGGCUAAAUUUCGGUAGCUCUACAAUCAAUCAUAAAUGCUUGCUACAAUAUGUAGAAGCUUGUUUUCUUGAUUCGAUCCAACCACGUAGCUGAAUUGAAGGGGAAAUUUAAUCCCGUCUUGAUACUGACUAGUUCACGCAAACCAUGCUCGCCUUGUGAAUAACGUUUGACCCUCUUUCGGGACCAGUGGGUGGUACAUGUACUGGAAGUGAUUCUUGGCACCACCAUGGUAGAUAUGGUUUGACCUCGACGGAAUGUCGACGGUUUCUUCAAACAUCGUUUUAAUGGUCGUGGCUUGAAUAGACAGAUCAGUAGAAAGGCGUCUAGACGAGGUUAUGAAUCAAUCCUAAUGGAGAGACCUAGAUGAAGUCGAGCAGGAAAACGGUUGCUUCAGGAGUUGUAAAUCUGAUAUUUAUCAUAAUCAUAAGCUUUAGCCCGAGUUUGAGCUAUACUUCUCCACUUGAGGGCCAUAUUUACGGAAGAAUCAAUUAAGCUGCGUUAUAUUUCAGCUCAUAGCCGGUUUUGUUGCAUGGUAUAGUAAUAAUAUUCACUUUUUCAUGGUUACUCCAUUUUGUUAAGUACUCUCAAAUACUAAAACCACUACUGCAGACUCGAACUGUGAUUUUUAGCUGUAUAUAAACCAUAAUUAAUUUUUCA